GAACACGACGCAAGUGCAACGGAGAGGUGCAACGAAUUGAGCACCAACUCAGCAACCUUUUUCCCUUUCGCACAGGCACCGCAGUGCGUCUCUUCUUUUCAGGAAGCCUAAUUGCACAGUAACCUAGACUAAACUCGAAACGCAGCUCCGCUGCAUGCACACGGCCUAAACGCAGGACCCUUUCCGUACUCUCCCCUAGUGGCAUGUCCAGCGGCGUUGAAGCCCCCGGCCAACGACGACCCGGUAUCUGGUCCUACCUCAGCUUCACUGGCCCUCGCCGACGCGUCUCCGUCUCCCUUCCGCGCAGCCACAACCCCAACAGCGACCCUCACGAGAAGCCCGACCGCCAUUCGCGACACCGGUCGACAAACUCCACAGGCUACAUGAGCGACUUCAAGGGCUCCGCGAUGAUGAACCAGGGGCAGCGCCUGCGGUACCUCAAGACGGGUGGCAUCAUUGCCUUCGUCCUGCUGGUGCUGUACUUUGUUGUGCCGCGCGAUGGUCUGUCGAGAGGAGCAGUACCGUCGGGAGGCAACACGGCAGCGGGUGGGGCGAAGGCGACAUGCACAAAGUCCUACUCCAAGGACAAGCCGCUCAUCCAGUAUGCGCUCAUGAUCGACGCGGGCAGCACAGGGUCCCGCAUCCACGUCUACAAGUUCAACAACUGCGGCCCGAGCCCCGAGCUCGAGAGCGAGGUGUUCGAGAUGACACCCAAGAAGGAGGGUGGCUCGGGUCUCUCUUCGUACGGCGACGACGCUGAGGGUGCUGCGAAGAGCUUGGACGUUCUCAUGGACAAGGCAGUCGCAAGCGUGCCCCCAGAGUACCAGCGAUGCUCACCCAUCGCCGUCAAGGCUACGGCAGGUCUCCGCAAGCUCGGCGAGGAGAAGAGCAACAACACGCUGCGCGCCGUCCGUCACCGCCUGGAAACCGUCUACCCCUUCCCCCUCGUCUCCGAAGAGCAGAACGGCGUGGAAGUCAUGCCGGGCGAGAUGGAGGGCGUCUACGCGUGGAUCACCAUCAACUACCUCCUCGGCAAGAUUGGUGGCCCCGACAAGACACCCACAGCCGCUGUGCUCGACCUUGGUGGCGGCUCCACUCAGAUCGUCUUCCACCCAACCUUCCCCGACACUCCUCGCGGCGGACUCCCCAGCCAGCUCGCCGAAGGCGACCACAAAUACGCCCUCAGCUUCGGCGGCCGCGACUUCGCUCUGUACCAGCACUCGUACCUUGGCUACGGGCUGAUGGAAGCCCGCAACAACCUGCACAGCACGAUCCUCGACGCUCUCUACCAGCAAAACAAGGACUCCGGCGCAACAGAGUACCUCAAGUCUCCCAUCGUCAACCCCUGCAUCGCACCAGGCAUGAGCCGCGAAAUCGACGUCAAAAUGCCCAAAGGCCACGCCCUCGGCAACACAGUCACAGUCAACAUGACCGGCCCCGCAGCCGCAGCACCAACCCAGUGCCGCGGCUGGGCCGAGAAGACACUGCACAAAGACGACGAGUGCAAGAUCGCGCCCUGCGCAUUCCGCGGCGUGCACCAGCCUCCUUUCGAGCAGACCUUCGCGACCGAAGCUGUCUACCUGCUGAGUUACUUCUACGACCGCACGCAGGACCUCGGCAUGCCGGAGUCGUUCACGAUCCGCGAGCUGCAGAAUCUCGCGGACAAGGUGUGUCAGGGCGAGAAGGGGUGGGAUGUUUUCACGCCUGUGCCUAAAGCGCUGGAGGAGUUGAGGGGGCGCCCGGAGUGGUGUCUGGACUUGAAUUUCCAGCUCGCGCUGCUGCAUACGGGGUACGGUAUGCCACUCGAUCGUGAGGUGCGGAUUGCCAAGCAGAUCAAGGGGAAUGAGUUGGGUUGGUGUUUGGGUGCUUCGCUUCCGCUGUUGGAGAAGGAGUCGGGGUGGCAGUGCAAGGUCAAGGAGGUCAACUAGAUGCUCCGCCUCGAUAUGCUGUUGGAUGAAGGACUAUAAGAUGGACUCGAUUCUUGCAUGGUGGACAAGGAGCGAGGUUGUUUUGACUGGCAUAGAAUAGGCGUUUGGGUUGAAGCAUUGCUAUCAUUCAGCAGCCUGCUAUGCUGGGCUGGAAGGUGGGGUCUCAAGGAAUUCUAUUGCUAGAGAAAGAAACAUCACAAAGUACAAAAGCCCCUAAUGUACACUA